CAGCCUUAUCCCUUCACAAUCACUUUCCUUUUCUGAUUUCUCCCUCCCUCUCUCUUUCAUUUAUUUUCGCGCUGUUUCUAUCUGUUUCAACUUUUUUCUUUCUUUAUUCCUCAAAAACCAAUAUGAAACAAAAAACAAAAAGUUGACAACUUUGAAACCUGAAAAUCAAUCAAACACUCACCACUAACAAUCCCACUCACUCCAUCACCAAUGGAUCGUCUCAUCACUCCCACCUUUCUCUCUCUUCUUCUCAUCACUUUCUCUCUCUUCCCAGAGGUGCAGUCAACAACUUUCAAGAUAGUAAACAAGUGCCAUCACACAGUAUGGCCUGGAAUACUAACUGGAGCUGACAGAGCACCCGUUAACCCGACCGGGUUCGUUCUUAAGAGUGGCAAAUCCAAGACUAUUAAAAUGCCCAGGGGUUGGUCGGGUCGGGUUUGGGGUCGGACCCUCUGCUCCAACAACCCGUCUACCGGAAAGUUCACUUGCCUCACCGGAGAUUGCGGCUCCGGCAAGGUGGAAUGCGCCGGCGCCGGUGCUAUACCGCCGGCGAGUUUGGCGGAGUUUACACUUAACGGUGACCAAGGGUUGGAUUUCUAUGACGUCAGCCUUGUUGAUGGGUACAACCUUCCAAUGCUUAUAGUUGCUAAAGGAGGUACAAGAGGGGGAUGCAGCGCUACUGGAUGUUUAGUGGACCUGAACGGCGCGUGUCCUCGAGACUUGAGGGUUGCGAGUGGGAGUGAGAGUGUUGGAUGUAAGAGCGCGUGUUUGGCAUUUAAUGAUCCGAUAUACUGUUGUAGUGAAGCGUACAAUACACCUGAUACGUGUCAUCCGUCGAGCUACUCACUCUUCUUUAAGCACGCGUGUCCACGCUCUUAUAGUUAUGCUUAUGACGAUAAGACUAGUACCUUCACUUGUGCCUCUGCUGAUUACUUGAUCAUAUUUUGCCCUCUCCCUUAUACCAGCAUGAAAGUGUUAUCGCUUCGCAAGGAUCCAGCUGAGUUGCCACUGGUUAAUAAAACCAUGAUGUACAUCGGAAGGCAUCAUCGAAGUGGCUAAUUUACAGACAGAAGUUGAAGCUUUGGAUUUAUCCUGAACCCUAAUGCCGACAAUUCCUCAUGUAAAGUCGUGUUUGGGGAUCCUUCUCGUCGAUAACAACUGACAAUAUUUGUGUAUAAGAGUUUGUAGCUUCUUAUAAGUUUGUUACUUUUUCGUUUUCAAUCUAAAUUUUGCUCUCCAUUGCUUUUGGUGCUUGGAAGGAUUCAUAGUGUAAAGUCAUGGGCAUGUCAAGCAAGUUUUUUGGGAAAAGAAGUUUUAACCUAUUUUUAGUUGGGUCACAACCACAUUUAUGCCUCCCUUUCUAUGUUUUUUUCUGGUGUUAGGGGUGUGGAGGUACUGGUAAUUUUUUUUUUUUUUUUUUAGUGGGAAUGUGGUCGACAACUCAAAACAUUUUAGAACUAGUUAAAAGUACAUAUUAGGAUUGUUGAGCUGCCUAGUAUAGGAAUAGAAUUUUCGUACAGUUUUGGACCUUUGGUUUGUGGUUGGUUUUAUAUAACAUUGCACCUAAAUGAGCUUAAAUGGAGUGAUGAUAUGUAUAGUCGAUCCAAACUUGCUUGAGAUUGAUUAGUAGUAGUUGUUUGGUGUAUGAUUGAUUAAUACAGUUUGUUAUUUUCUUCCUUUUA